CACCAAUUAGUACAGUCCUUUCUCCUCAUACCUAUCUCACAAGCGACAUGUGGUUUACUUCUCCUGCAUAGAGCUUCUUUUUUCUCGCGUAUAGCGGAUUGUGUACCUCAAGACGGAGAUGCUGGUGGUGUCGUCGUCGUCGUCGUCAUCACCUAUUAGCUUUAUCUUUCCUGAUUGGCUACAGCUUCGUCGCUGUUCCCCUCAUCUCACCUUUCUGAGGGCCGGUUUUAGUGUCCGUGCAUUAUAUCACGUGAUCGCAUUUUCAGCAAAUGAAAGUCAAGCUUUCUUGGCAUUAAGUCAAUUUAUAUGACGUCGUGACGAACUAAGAGAGAACAAACGGUUCAUGAAGGUAUUGUGAAAGGUACGGGCAUGGUUUUGCGGUAAUAAAGGUAGGUCAUGGCUACUAAUGGCUGUCUUCAGGUAAGCUAUGAAUGUGACCAUGUGAAAGUAAACAAUGUCGAAGUUGCUGUGAUGAACUACAACUUUCAACGAUGAUGAUGCCAAAUGCCAAAUGCGCGGAUACUUUGUCGUCAUAUUUGGAGUACUUGGUUUGGCCGUGGGCUGUAUAUCUACUUUCCUCGGUAUCAAUCAGCUUCCCUUAGUCUACUAGGAGACCCUUCCACCCAAUAACUUUUUUUAGCAAGACCCUUAAAAUCCAGUUCAGUAUGGUUGGCCUUGCGAGACAUGUUGACUCGGACGAGAUCGUCCAGCGCCUCCAUGGAAUGCACAUGGCUGAAGCUGGGAAACGUCAUGUCCAUACCAAUGGCGGCACGUCCCACAUAACUCCAUAUUCGACACGAUAUGCAAGCCGGUCAGACAUUCCCAAGUUCCAAAUCCCGCAGCAGGGAGCGCCAGCCGAUGCUGUCUACCAGAUUCUCAAGGAUGAACUUGAUCUAGAUGGGAAACCAAAUCUGAACUUGGCAAGCUUCGUUGGAACAUUCAUGGAAUCCCGGGCCGAGCAAUUGAUGAUUGAAAAUAUCUCCAAGAAUAUGGCCGAUUCCGACGAAUAUCCUGCUCUAAUGACCAUGCAUACUCGCUGCGUCAGCAUUAUCGCCGACUUCUGGGGCGCGAAGAAAGACGAGAAACCGAUUGGAUCGGCAACAACUGGUUCAUCAGAGGCCAUUCAUUUGGGCGGACUCGCUAUGAAGCGGCGAUGGCAAGAAAAGAGAAAGGAGGAGGGGAAAGACAGCAGCAAACCGAACAUCAUUAUGGGAGCCAAUGCUCAAGUUGCAUUGGAAAAAUUCGCCCGGUAUUUCGACGUCGAAGCACGGAUUCUACCAGUAUCCAAAAGGAGUAACUACAGGCUGGAUCCUGACCUAGUGAAAGAACACAUCGAUGAAAAUACCAUUGGAGUCUUUGUUAUACUUGGAAGCACAUACACGGGUCACUAUGAGCCCGUGGAGGAAAUCUCCAAUAUCCUUGACGAAUAUCAGCAAAAAUCCGGAGUCGACAUUCCCAUUCAUGUCGAUGCCGCGAGCGGUGGCUUUGUAGCUCCGUUCACACAUGCUGGAGCCGGAGGCCCAAAGUGGAACUUUGACCUGCCACGCGUAAAGUCAAUCAACACCUCCGGACACAAGUUUGGUCUCGUCUACGCUGGAGUUGGCUGGAUAAUCUGGCGCGACGAGUCGUACCUCCCCAAGCAUUUGAUAUUUGAGCUCCAUUAUCUGGGCGGGACCGAAGAGUCAUUCACACUGAAUUUCUCCCGGCCAGGCGCCCAGGUCAUUGGGCAGUAUUUCAAUCUCAUACACCUUGGAUUCAGUGGCUAUCGCUUGAUAAUGGAGAACUGCCUCGCGAACGCUAGGCUUCUGUCGAAGAGCCUCGAAGCUACGGGUUGGUACGUGUGUUUGUCUGAUAUCCACCGCCAGAAAGGCGUGCAUGACUACAAUGACGAAGAUGGAGGGGCAUUCGCGACUACGGACAACCCAACCUCCGCCGCCUAUAACGCCGGUCUCCCUGUCGUGGCAUUCUGCUUCUCGGAUGCAUUCAAGAAAGACUACCCCCACGUGAAGCAGGAGUCCGUGUCUCAGCUGAUGCGUGCGAGACAGUACAUCAUCCCUAACUACGCUCUCCCCCCUGGCGAGGAAAAGACCGAGAUCCUGAGAGUGGUGGUACGAGAGUCGAUGAGCUUCGAUCUGCUAGAUCGGCUUAUUGCGGAUCUGUGCUCUGUCACGCAGAUUCUGCUUGAGAACGAUGAGAUGGAUUUGAAGCUUCUUCGGGCUCGGCAGACUAUGGAGGGUGCUCAUGGGAGGGUGGGGAAGCAGGGUGAUGGCGGUGACAAGGGUAACGAUAUGGAUGGCGGCGUUCAUCGGAGUUAA